AUGGAACCUGAUUCUUCUAUAUUUGAAGAAACAAUAUCUGAUAUUAAUAUUUUACAUUUAUCACAUUCAAAUAUAUUAAUUUUUAAUUUUUCAUCAUCAUUAACAAUAUUUCAAAAUGAAACAAUAACAACAUCUUAUGAUUUUUAUCGACACUUAACUGAAAUAAUUGUAUAUAAAUACAUAUGUUUAACUAUAUUUGUUAUUGGUGUUAUUGGAAAUUUACUUAGUGUAUUAGUAUUUAGUCGAGCAUCAUUACGACAUCGUUCAUGUGCUAUUUAUUUUUUAGCGUUAGCUAUAACUGACAUCGCAUCAUUAUUUGCUUCAUUUAUUGAUACAGUCCUUCCAUCUUAUAAUAAUGUUUCAUUAACAAUUAAAUAUUUAUUUAUAUGUAAAUUAAAUCCAUUAAUGGUUUAUUUUACAACAUAUCUCUCAAAUUUUUUAUUAGCUGUUGCAUCAAUUGAUCGAGCUGUAUCAAUUCAAUGUCCAUUAAAAUCGAAACAAUUUUGUCGAGCACGUAUUGCUAUUUAUAUUAUUAUGACUAUGUUAUUUGCAUUACUUAUUAUAAAUAGUCAUAUAUUUUGGGGUUUUGAAAUAAUUGAUGAACAAUCUCAACGAAUCUGUUUACCAUCAAAAACAAAAAUUGUUUAUUAUAAUCAUCCAAAUUCAUUAACUUAUGAUCGUUUUUAUGCUAUAUUAGAUUCAUUAGAUAUGUUAUUUGCUGUUCUUAUUCCAUUUAUUGUUAUGUUAAUAUGUAAUAUAAUUAUAUUGAUACGUGUUAUAACAUCACGACGUUCAAUAGCAACUGUUUUAUCAACAACAGUACAAUCAAAAAAAUCACGUAAAAGAUAUGAAAAAGAAAGACAAUUAACUGUUAUGCUACUUGGAAGUGCAGCUGGUGCGUUUAUAUAUAUUAUUUAA